CUCGUCGAUCUCUUCCUUCCCUCCCUCGUUUCUGGACGAACAUCGGGGAGACCAGCGGAGUAGCCGAUCAACGGCGACUUACGACUUAGCAUAUUGGUUCAGGCGAUUCCCUCUUCUGAUUUACCGGUUGAAGAAGAACAGGAAGGUCGCUAAUCCAUUAGCCACGCCAGAUGUAUCAUCCAACCCGUGGUGGUGUUCGCGGUGGCCGCGAUCAAUUCAGCUGGGAUGAUGUUAAGGUUGAUAAGCAUCGUGAGAAUUACCUUGGCCACAGUCUCAAGGCACCAGUUGGAAGAUGGCAGAAAGGGAAAGAUCUGCAUUGGUACACUAGGGACAAGAAUUCCGGGUCUUCGGAAGAUGCUCUAAAGGAAGAGAUUAAAAGUAUCAAGGAAGAGGAGGAACAAGCCAUGAGGGAGGCCCUUGGCUUAGCUCCCAAACGAGCUGCCAGGCCACAAGGAAACCGGCUCGAUAAACACGAGUUCAAUGAGCUGGUGAAGCGAGGAUCCACUGCAGAAGACUUGGGAGCUGGGCACGCUGAUGCAGCACGUGUUGAUGGUCUUGGGUUCUCGAAGGCACCCCGUCCUUGGGAAGACCCCUCAACCCUUCCAUCCUUCGGGACGGAUGUUGCAUCCGAGCCCUCAAAGGUCGAUAUGUCCAAUCCAUCACCCGAGGUCCCAGAAGAAGUCAAAACAAAGGAUGAAAUCGGACAGAAAGAGAGUAGGAGGCAUGGGGAGAAGAAGCAAGAAAAGGAGAAGAGAAGGGAGAAGGAGGAGAAACAUAGAAGACACGAGAAGAGGCAUACCCAGGAUUCUUCAGAUGACAAGAGGAAACACCACAGGGAAGACAAGGACAAAGACAGGAAGAAGAAGAAGAGAAGGAGACACGACUCUGAUGAAGAAUAGAAUGAAUGAAUGAAUGAAUGAAUGAAUGCCAUUUCUCCAACAAUGUUUGUAGGAGAAAAGCAAAGACUUGAAGUAUGUUUUACUGUAUAACUAUGGUAUUCCAGUUCUAACAAUUGAAAUCUGUAUGCUUCAAUUUGUCAAUGGUAAGUGUUUUACCGUGUUGUACUAUGAAUUAUGUAUUUGGUUAGUUGGUUUCUGCAAAGAGAACUGCAUUUCUCCCCAAAAUCUGUAUGUUACAUGGAACAGCUCCUUGCAAAAGAAAUGGAGGGAAUAAAA